AGGCAAUAUGACUCUCUUCUCAUCCUAAGUCUCCGUGGGAGGGGAGAUGAGAGAGGAGGGAAAGUUUUGGGGAGGGAGCGCACAAGUGCGCAUCAGAGGGAGAGAGAGAGAGAGAGAGGAAACUGGAUGCAGAGGGACACAGUGCAGCUAGGACACUUCGGGAACGAGGACACUUCUACACUGGACCGGGUUUUACCGAAACUUUGCCCUGUCUCUUUUUUUCUUCUUUCCACCGCUGCAUGGCUUCAGUGUAAUCACCGCGUCUUCUGCCUGGAACUCUGCACUGUUUAACAUGAACCGAGGGACGGGGAAAGAGGAGAGAGUGUUCCUGGCUCUCCUCAUUAUUUUACACACCACCACAACGCAUGCGGGCAACCUGAUUGAUGUCCUGCGUGUGCUGGAGCUGUCCGAUCGCAUGGAGGGCGUGUCCUUGGAGGCGGGGCUGUGCACACAUAGAGCUGACACAGAGGAAUUGGACAUAGCGUUCAGGAUAGACAAAAAGAUCCAGCUCAGUGCUCCAACCCAGCAGCUCUUCCCAAACUCAGCUUUUCCUGAAAACUUCUCCCUGAUGACGACGGUGCGGGCAAAGAAGAACGCCCAGUUCUUCUUGCUGUCCGUAUACGAUGAACAGGGUGUGCAGCAGCUGGGCCUGGAGCUGGGCAGAUCACCAGUCUUCCUCUACGAGGACCACAGGGGACAACCGACCCCCGACCUCUACCCCACCUUCAAGAAGAUCAACCUGGCUGAUGGAAAGUGGCACCGGAUUGCCUACAGCGUAGAAGGAAAGGCAGUCACGCUGUAUUUAGACUGUAAGAAGGUGGAGACUCUGGAUCUGCACCGUGGGGACGACCCUGUGGUCCGAACGGACGGCGUUACUGUAUUCGGGACGAGACUACUGGACGAGGAAGUGUUCGAGGGAGAUAUCCAGCAACUGCUGAUUUUGGACGACCCCCAAGCUGCAGAAGAGUACUGUCAUCACUACAUCCCAGACUGUGACUCACCUCUGCCUUAUCGUACCCAGAACUAUGAACCCGAGGAGCUGGACGACGUGAUGCAAGGCGACGAACCGGAGCCGCCGAAGAAGAAAAAAAAAGACAGGAAGGGCAAAAAGAACAAAAAGAAGAAGGACCGGUCGAAGAAAGGGGGAAAGAAAGAGUCCAGGAAGAAGAGGAAAGAGGCAGAAGUUCUUGAGGAGGGGUUUCUCGAGGUGUCCACUCGUCCGCUCGAGUAUCUCAGACGAGAUCUAGCGCCGGCUGGAACAGAUCCUACGACGGCUGCGAGAACUCCAAAUGAGACCACCGAGGAGAUAGACUCCAUCCCCGAGAUGCCCACACACGAGCCAGACUCACUGCCCACUACACCAUCUGAUGAUGUCACUGUAUCACUCACUGCAUUGCCCCAGUCUACUCAGACUGAGGUGGAGGACGAAAAGCCGGUAAAAACGCCCGAGGUUGAGGAAGACACCGAGGACAUUUACCACAGCCCGUACUAUGACCUCUCCGUCUCCACGGUAACAGUCGGCACCAACAUCAGCGAGUAUGAGCUCUUUGAAUACGAGGACUUUAAGAACAGCAGCGAGAGCUCGGAGCAGUACGAGGAGUAUGAGACCUACGAGGAUCGCUACGGCCCGGCGGAGAGAGAGCGAGCGGGGACCUGGGACGGACAGGGAAGAUAUGAUUUAAAGAAAGGCCAGAAAGGAGAACCAGCCAUUAUUGAACCGGGCAUUAUAUUUGAGGGACCUCUCGGACCACCAGGACCUUCUGGUCUUCCAGGCCUUCCAGGAGUAACAGGACCCCCAGGACCCCCCGGAGACCCGGGUGAUGUGGGCCCUGAGGGACGUACAGGCCUCGCAGGGGCUGAUGGGAUACCAGGUCCCCCAGGGACCAUGCUCAUGCUGCCGUUUCAUUAUGCCAGCGAUUCUCAGAAAGGCCCAGUGUUGUCGGCUCAGGAGGCGCAGGCUCACGCCAUCCUCCAGCAGACCAGAAUUUCACUGAAGGGACCUCCAGGCCCAUUGGGACUCACAGGCAGACCAGGACCAGUGGGUCUCCCAGGCUCCAGUGGACUUAAAGGAGACAGCGGGGCUACUGGACCUACGGGGCCGCGCGGGUUGCCAGGUCCUCCGGGUUUUCACGGGAAGCCAGGCAAGCGGGGUCGCCCGGGGGCAGACGGAGGUCGAGGAGCUCCAGGAGAGACGGGAUCAAAGGGUGACAGGGGCUUUGAUGGACUACCAGGGCUUCCAGGGGACAAAGGACACAGAGGGGAUCGGGGAAAGCCAGGACAGCAUGGUCCACCCGGGGAAUCUGGUGAGAAGGGUGCAGAUGGACCUGUAGGACCAAGCGGACAACCAGGUGAACCUGGGUCAAGAGGACUUGUAGGACCCAGAGGACCACCUGGACCAAUCGGACAGCCUGGUAUCAGUGGUGUGGAUGGCAUUCAAGGCUCUAAAGGCAACCAGGGUCCGUCAGGAGAGCCUGGUCCUCCAGGACAGCAAGGGAACCCAGGAGUACAGGGCUUUCCAGGUCCUCAGGGUCCUAUUGGCAUGCCUGGAGAAAAGGGACCUCAGGGGAAAAUGGGAAUGCAGGGGCUUCCUGGGAUUGACGGUCCUCCAGGACAUCCAGGCAGAGAGGGACCAGCUGGAGAGAAGGGGCUACUGGGAUUACCCGGAGCACAGGGGCCUAUCGGAUACCCGGGGCCUCGAGGAGUCAAGGGCGCUGAGGGCGUGCGAGGACUGAAAGGAAGUAAAGGAGAGAAGGGAGAAGACGGCUUCCCGGGGACCAAAGGUGACAUGGGAGCUGAAGGAGAUCGAGGUGACAUUGGGCCUUCUGGAUCCCGUGGCGAGGACGGACCAGAGGGCCUAAAGGGCCAGUUGGGACCUAUUGGAGAACCCGGACCUCCAGGAAUCGCUGGAGAAAAGGGCAAACUCGGUGUCCCGGGGCUACCCGGCUAUCCAGGAAGACAAGGCAUUAAGGGAUCCGUCGGCUUUCCAGGAGUGCCGGGUAUGCCAGGAGAGAAGGGGAAGAGGGGAUCUGCAGGUACACCAGGCGCAGCAGGUGAAAGAGGUCCAAAUGGGGCACGUGGAGGCCGAGGGGCACGAGGAGCUACAGGAGCACCGGGAGCCAAGGGCUCGUCUGGCCACGACGGCUCACCAGGUCCCACGGGAGACAAGGGUCCUCAAGGACCACAGGGACAGAACGGGUUUCCAGGACCCAAGGGACCAAAUGGCCCUCCAGGAAAGGACGGGCUGCCAGGUCAUCCAGGCCAAAGGGGGGAGCCGGGAUUCCAAGGGAAAACAGGACUACCAGGACCUGUCGGAGUGGUCGGACCACAGGGCAAAACUGGAGAGACUGGACCAACUGGGGACAGAGGUCACCCUGGGUCACCAGGACCUCCAGGAGAACAAGGUCUGCCUGGAUCGGCAGGCAAAGAAGGUGCCAAGGGUGAUCCGGGACCCAUGGGGAUUCCAGGAAAGAGCGGCCCUGCUGGGCGCCGUGGGUUUAGAGGCAGUCGAGGCAUGCCAGGCUCCACGGGUGCUGCUGGUUUGAAAGGUGAAGAAGGACCUCCUGGUGCGGCAGGAGCGAUUGGUGCUACAGGCGAGAGAGGACCUUCUGGUCCUGCCGGUGGGAUUGGUCUUCCUGGCCGUGCUGGAGGAGUCGGGUCUGCUGGACCAGUGGGCGAGAAAGGAGAACCAGGAGAAAAAGGACCUACAGGUCCUGCUGGACAGGAUGGAGAACAGGGGCCUGUCGGUCUACCAGGAACUGCUGGACCACCGGGUCCACCUGGAGACGAUGGUGAUAAGGGAGAGACUGGAGGUCCGGGACAGAAAGGAAGCAAAGGAGACAAAGGAGAGCCGGGACCUCCAGGACCAACAGGAAGUGUAGGGCCAAUUGGACCCCCUGGACUGCCAGGUGUAGAUGGGGAGCCAGGGCCCCGGGGCCAACAGGGGAUGUACGGACAGAAAGGUGAUGAAGGACCUCGAGGACUCGUGGGUGCCACUGGACCACCAGGCCUGCAGGGAAUGCCUGGACCCCCGGGGGAGAAGGGAGAGAGCGGCCAUGUUGGACCACUGGGCCCUCCAGGACAACACGGUCCCAGAGGUCCUGUGGGAUCCACUGGCGCAGAGGGUGCUCAGGGGAUGCCUGGUGGAGUCGGCCAGCCUGGUUUAGUAGGAGAAAAGGGUGAAGACGGAGAGGCUGGGAAUCCAGGAAACGUGGGUGAAACUGGUCCCCCUGGUGAGAAAGGAGACGUGGGUGAGAAAGGGGAUACGGGCCCCCCCGGUGCCGCUGGACCCCCAGGAGUCCGAGGCCCACCCGGAGAGGACGGACCCAAAGGAAACCCAGGCCCUAUUGGAUUUCCCGGAGACCCAGGACCUCCUGGAGAGGCAGGUCCGAAUGGUAUUGAUGGUGGACCAGGAGCAAAGGGAGAUAAUGGAGAGCCUGGGAAAGCUGGACCACCAGGGGCUUCUGGAGAACCGGGACCUCCUGGACCACCAGGGCGGAGGGGUCAUAUAGGUGCUGCGGGGAAUGAAGGAAAGCAGGGGAAGAGGGGAGCAAAGGGCUCACCUGGUUCUGAGGGUCCACCUGGAAAAACAGGACCUUUAGGACCCCAGGGACAACCUGGAAGGCCUGGUCCAGAAGGACUACGUGGGAUCCCGGGCCCUGCAGGAGAACAGGGUUUAAAUGGUCCCCCCGGACAGAUUGGACCACCCGGCCCUAUGGGACCUGCUGGACUGCCAGGACUGAAAGGAGAUCAAGGCAGCAAAGGAGAGAAGGGUCACGGAGGAUUGAUCGGACUCAUCGGGCCUCCAGGAGACAUGGGGGAGAAGGGUGACCGAGGCUUGCCUGGAAAUGAGGGAAUACCUGGUCCUAAAGGAAACGGGGGUGUUGUUGGAUCUCCUGGUCCUACUGGGCCUCCUGGACCUCCUGGACUUUCUGGUGCCAUGGGUGAGAAAGGAUCCAAAGGAGAUGAGGGAGCAGUCGGCCCAGUAGGAGACACAGGACCUGCAGGCCCACCAGGACCACCUGGUCCACCGGCAACCAUGAUCGAUGCCCGGCCCAUCCGAGGGGGACGCAAGAAACGUAGGAAGAACUCAGACCGGAGCAGAGGAGGAGCCAGCUCAGAAGCUGCUGAAGACGAGGAGCGAGAAACAGAGGCUCAGCUGAACAUGGAGGACUUCUUGCAGGCUGAUGCGCCUCUGGAAGACGCUGAGGGAAUGGAGGAGGUGUUCGCUUCUUUGAACUCCAUGAAGAUGGAGGUGGAGCUGAUGAGGAAGCCACUGGGAACUUUCGAGAGUCCGGCACGCACCUGCAAAGAGCUGAUGAUGUGCCACCCGCAUUAUAAAGACGGAGAAUAUUGGAUUGACCCAAAUCAGGGCUGCCAUAAAGAUUCCAUCAAGGUGUUCUGCAACUUCACGGCUGAUGGCGAAACCUGCCUGCACCCGGACAAACGAAUCGAAACGGUGAAACUCGCAGCCUGGAGCAAAGAGAAGCCGGGCGGCUGGUAUAGCCGGUACAGGAGGGGCAAACAGUUCUCCUAUAUAGACGCUGAUGGCAUCUCGGUCCCUGUGGUCCAGCUGACCUUCCUGAAGCUUCUGAGUGCCACAGCCAGACAGAGCUUCACCUACAUCUGCCAGAACUCAGCCGGCUGGUACGACGCCACCAGCCGCGGGCACCAGCACGCCCUACGUUUCCGCGCCAGCAACGACGAGGAGUUGACUCAUGACAAGACGCCCUUCAUAACGCCUCUGUACGACGGCUGCCAGACACGCAAAGGCCAGGACACGACGGUGCUGGAGAUCGACUCUCCGAGAUCAGAGCUGCUCCCCAUCAUCGACGUUUCUGCCUCAGACAUCGGGAAUAACAACCAGAAGUUCGGCUUCCAGAUCGGACCUGUGUGCUUUAACGGCUAACGGAUUGAGACAUGGGAUUCAGGACUUUAUCUGUACCGCAACGCAAUAUUUAUUAUUAUUGUUAUUUUUUUUAAACGUAGCGUGCAUGCGCCGGUACCGAGGCAUGCAUUUUUGUCUUUUGUUGUGAACUUUUGAACACAAUUGCAAAGGUGCCACGAUCCAACCCCCGAGGAACCAGACAAAGCAGAAGUUUCCACGUGCGUGGACAUUUUCUUUAAAAACAAAUUCCUUGUUUAUUCUCGUCUCUGCUCGCCGUGGUGUGUGAAUGAAUUAAUAAGCUCCACAUGAACCUGACACUGAGAGGCAGACACACCCGUCACGCGGUCCGCGUCACGGGCCGCUUCGUCCACGGUGUAGCAGCAGACUUUAUUGUCGGUGGCAUGGAUGGCUUGCUUGUUUUGUUUUUAUGCGUGAUGUAAUUCUAAAUGAAUUCGCCACUUGAGGGAUUGGCUACAGCGUUCAGGAGUACAUAUUGAAAAUAUUUUAUUUUUCCUUCGCCUCGACCGCGGCAGCGCGCCGACGGAAGCGGUUAUACCUCAGAACAGUUUUGACAAGGAAACGCCGCCCGGAUCCGGUUAAUUGUUCUCUUAGAUGCUUUCUGUCACGUGUCAGCUUCGCAGCCCGGCCGAUCUUUAAUUAGUGUGUCGUAAUAAAUAAACAGUGUUGUAUGCCGCUUGUGCUUCGAGAAGGGUGGGGUGUGCGCAGCAGUUUAUUCAUGUAAACAGUAGUCUUCACGUCGUGUUGCUUUAUCAGGACAGGUCACAUGCUUGGCAUUUUAUUAGUCCAUGUUUUUACACAGUAGUGUGAUCGGCAUGGGUUCUAGAGUUCAAGUAAUAAUGGUGGGUUCACGGUGCAGUGUUGUUCUCUUAAACGGGGUUAAAAUCCCAUUACAUUAAUAUAGCUUUCAUUUUAGUCCUGGGGUUGUGUUACAGAAAUGUCCGAACCUAACUGCGUAACUCACUAGAGAGGUGUUAUUGAGCCAUCCGGGUCACGGCACCAAGUUGGUAGAACUUCAGGAUCCAGGAGACUGAUGUUAAUCUUCAGACUCUGACGUUUAUUGCCCGCUUCAAGAAUCUUCCGAUCAGAUAUUUACCAAUAAAUGCACAACUUUCUGAAAGGUUUCAGCUCGAAUCUACAGAUUGAACAGGCCCAGUAUAUGUAGUGAAAAGACAGGAGAAAGGAAACGGAGAAUGGCGUCUGGGAGCGCUGUCACCUCUGGCCAUGAGUGUUUUCACUCACGGUGACAUAAUGUACCAAAAACACAAGACAAAAGACAAAUAAAUAAGACAUAUGUAGAAACAACCUAGGCAUAACGGGUCAUGCAUAAGUAAGGAAUGAUCCACGUCUAGGUGUGCGUUACACGGUUUUAAUGCACGACGUGGAGGCACAGAUCCACCUGACGUGAAACGGAGUGCAUUAAAAUGGCGUAACGCACGUCUCGCCGUGGAUUAUCCCGCUUACACCAUGGUCACGUGUCGGCAUUAACUUAAAACUGUCAUUCAUAUUUGUAGUGCGAAAUUUGACUGAAAAGCUAAAAAUAACGGUUCGUUUUCGUCAGUUACUUUAUAUCCGGGUCGUUAGAUCUAGAAUUCUGCCUACUCGAAGUCAUACACAGAGAUAAAGUAGUGCGAUAAGAUCACAUUUAUCUGAAUGAAUUAUGAGAAAUAGUUAUUAGAGUAAGAGAGAGAGAGAGAGAUUGUGCACACGUGUGUGAUGUACCUGUGUCUGUGCCGCAUCUCUACUAAUAAUGAAGCUGUGAGUUUAACUACUGUGUGUUAUUACUAUGGUUACAGAUGUUUAUAGGCAGCGCAUUAAUUUAGUACGGUGAUUAAACUGACCGGAACUACCUGUAUUUUAUAUAUAUAUAUAUAUAUACGGUCUUAACGCACACUGUCCGGCCAAUCAGACUCGAGUAUUCUGAAUAAAUAUAAUUCAUUCAGUAGUUUGUAAGUUCUUAAU